AGGCACAUGUUUCUUGAACUGCUCCACAAACAACAACCCCACAUCCUUUGCGAAUCCGUGUCCUCUCUGUAAACCCCCCCUCUCUCUUAUCCUACUUCGUGCUACGACUUCAACCUCCAAACCCCUGCGCAUCAUCGAAGUCACCCAAGGCACGAAGCCCAGAUCUUGGCUGCAAUGUCCACACACGACGCCCCACCGCCGAGCUACGAAGCCGCAACCGCCUCUUCAGCCGGACAGAGCUCCUCAUUCCACCCCGAACCCAUCCGCCGGGUAUCAACAGACGGGCCUGGCGCUCGCACAGAACGGAAUGGCAUUCCCAUGGACCGCCGCCGCUCCAUGGAGGAUGAGAUGCGCGAGCUACCUCCCGGCUGGGUGCGGUCCUUUGACCCCGAGUCGCAGCACCAGUUCUUCGUGAACACAAGCGCCACACCGCCACGCUCGAUCUGGACACACCCCUUUGACGACGAAGAGUUCCUCGCCACACUGAGCCCAGAAGAGCGCAAGAAGCACAGCAGAAUGAAGCGAACAGUCACCCUAGACGACCUGAUGGCCGAGGACUCGGACGACGAGGCCCAUCUUCCGGCGCGAACCCAACCAGCCGCAACACAGCCCCAACCAACCGGCAUCCACAAGUUCUCCCGCAAACUAAAAGACAAGGUCACGGGCACUACACACACCGACCGCGAGACACACCGCAAGCAGCGCGCCGAGCAGGAACGACAGGCAUACCUCGCCCACCUCCGUGCGCGUCAAGCCCUGAUUCGCGCCAUGGAGACGGGCCAGCCGCAGCUUCUAGGCAAAGACUCGCAGGGCAGAGACAUGUACAUCCAGCCUCCGCGCAACCCGUACGCACAGAGGGCCGGCUACGGACCAAACCCCUACGCCGGCGGUCUGUACGGCAACUCCAACGUGCGGUACAUGCGCCCCGUGGGACCAUACGGUAGGCCAUAUGGUUACGGAUACGGUGGCGGCGCGGGGCUGCCGAUUGCCGCUGGUUUACUCGGUGGUUCGCUGCUGGGCGCCACGCUGUUCUAGAUGUGCGCCUUGGAAAUGGAAGGCCUGAGGGAGUGGCGCGCGCGCCGUGUGGAGAUGGGCGGUGACACGGGUUUCGCAUCUGGUCUGACCUGAGGCAAGUGGGGGGCUUGGUCGGAGAUGGCGGUGUUGUGAUGGGGGUUCUUUCUUCGCGUUAUAUAUCCCGUGUGCAUUGUUACGAUGGUGUAAUGAAUGAAUGAAUGAAUGAAUAAAUCUAACCAAUCGAUUUGAAUGGGCUUACCAUGUAUUCACCGCGCCAUGGUGUUUUGUUUGAAAUAUCGCGUCGAGAGACGUACUGCUCAGUUAGAUUAAAU